UUGAGGAGCUUCCAUUCAAGUCAGGGAAAAGGCCACUAAAGGAGUAAAUAAUUAAGACGAUUUAAGAUAGCAGUAAGUGCUAUGAAAGAAAUUGUGUGAUGUGAUAAAGUGUCUGGAGAGAUGGUCAGGGAAGGCUUUUCUGAGAAGAUGGCAUUUGCACUGCGACAAAUAAUGGAGUAAAAGUCCCUCGCAAUUUUCGACUGUUGGAAGAACUCGAAGAAGGCCAGAAAGGAGUAGGAGAUGGCACAGUUAGCUGGGGUCUAGAAGAUGACGAAGACAUGACACUUACAAGAUGGACAGGGAUGAUAAUUGGGCCUCCAAGAACAAUUUAUGAAAACCGAAUAUACAGCCUUAAAAUAGAAUGUGGACCUAAAUACCCAGAAGCACCCCCCUUUGUAAGAUUUGUAACAAAAAUUAAUAUGAAUGGAGUUAAUAGUUCUAAUGGAGUGGUGGACCCAAGAGCCAUAUCAGUGCUAGCAAAAUGGCAGAAUUCAUAUAGCAUCAAAGUUGUCCUGCAAGAGCUUCGGCGCCUAAUGAUGUCUAAAGAAAAUAUGAAACUCCCUCAGCCACCUGAAGGACAGUGUUACAGCAAUUAAUCAAAAAGAAAAACCACAGGCCCUUCCCCUUCCCCCCAUUCGAUUUAAGCAGUCUUCAUUUUCCACAGUAGUAAAUUUUCUAGAUACAUCUUGUAGACCUCAAAGUACUGGAAAGGAAGUUCCCAUUCAAAGGCAAUUUAUCUUAAGAUACUGUAAAUGAUACUAAUUUUUUGUCCAUUUGAAAUAUAUGAGUUGUGCUAUAACAAAUCAUCCUGUCAAGUGUAACCACUGUCCAUGUAGUUGAACUUCUGGGAUCAAGAAAAUAUAUUUAAAUUGCUUCCCACCAUACCUGGUGGGGCACAUCUAACUCAACUGUGAAAAGACACAUCACACAUCACCUUGCUGCUGAUUACAUGGCCUGGGGUCUCUGCCUUCUCCCCCAUCCCUUUCCCCCACCUCCUGCCCUCCCUGCAACAGCCCUCCAGCUUGGGGUGGCUUGUUAGAAUAGAUGUGAAGGUUUCAGGUCGCAGCCUGUGGGACUACUGCUGGGUGUGGGGGUUGCUUUGGCUGCACCCCUGGUUUCUUUUUUUAAGUCUUAAAUAAUUCCCCUUCCAAGCCAUCAUCCUGUUCCCCCCUCUCCCUUACUCCCACCCUUGGCCGAAGCAUAGAUUGUAACCCCUCUGCUCCCCUCUGAAAUUGGCCUUUGGUGAGGAAUUCAGGGCUUUCCCCAUAUCUUCUCUCUCCUACCUUUAUCGAGGGGUGCUGCUUUUUCCUUCCUCCUCCUCAAGUCCCUUUUUGCACCAUCACCACUUUCCAGGACACUUUGCUUUGGCCAGAAGCCAUCAGAUAAUGUUGGAAAGAGUCUCUGACCUCCCUCCUUUAGUUUUGUAACCACAUUUGUUCACUCUCCACCAGCCUGGGAAAUGAAUACUGGGUCCUCAGCCCUGCCACCCUCUGCUGUCAUCGUCAGCUGAUGCGUUUUUUAGCUCAGGUUUUGAUAAGGUGAAAGGAACAGUCACCAGGGUUACUCAGACCUGCCAGCUGUCAGAGUCCUUCUUGAUUAAACUUGCAGAAAGGCCACAUGAAGACAAUUGUAAGCACACAUGAUCCCGCUGAAUAUAUAUUUUUUUUUUUUCUGUAAUUGCUUUUGCUUGUAAAAAUUGAAGAAGGUUGGAACAGGACUCAUUUGGUCAUCCUUGCAAUCCAUUUGGGUCUAGUUUGAAAUUUGACAACUGGAACAAAAGGAACCUUGAAUUCGGUGCAUACUUUGGUUUUGGUGCUGCUGCUUCUCACAAUCCUCAGCAGGGAUUAAGAAAGAACUUGGUGUGCACAACAGAUCCCCGAAACUGGCGGGCUUGACUUCCUGGCAUAUUGCUGCGUUUUUCCACUUUCUGUUCAGGACCACUAAAUGCUGAAAUGUGGAUGCAUACCGAAAUAAAAGCAAUUCAUUGUGUUCUAAAGUUUUUUUUUUAAACUUAGUAUUUGUGUAAAACUACCUUUUGAAGCAGCAACUAUCAAGUCUGAAAAGCAAUUGAUGUUUCCAUUAAUCUUUUUCUGGGGAAAACAUUAGUUCUAAGGAUUUAACAUCCUGUAAGUAAAGUUUAACAUAACAGUAUUCCAUAAGCAGCCUUUUUAUUGUCAGACCAUUGCCUGAUUUUAAUAUAAUAAAAAAAGUGUGCGUUAAUAUUUAA